AUGAAUCGCUUGCGUUUUGGCGACUCUGACGACUCCGGCUCCGACUUCGACGAUGAUCCGUCCGGCCUCCCAUUCCCAAAACCUCUUUCGCGGGCCUCAUUCCUCGUCCCCGACUUCGAUCCGGCCAAUUUCCUCUCAUCCUUAACAAACCGUCACCAGAGCCUCGAGGAUCUACGACAGGAGCUACGUGGACUGGAGCAAUUGCUGAAUAAGGAGCUAUUGGACCUGGUCAACGAGAACUACCAGGACUUCCUUUCACUGGGUAGCUCGCUCCGUGGCGGCGAGGAAAAGGUCGAGGGAGUGAAAGUCGGCCUGUUGUCUUUCCAGCGAGAUGUUCACUUAAUCCGAGACAAGGUGGAAGCCCGGCGUAAGGAGGUGGAGGCGCUCUUGAAUGAGAAACGACAGCUGCGAGCAUACACCGAUGUCGGCAAGGAUCUUUUGGACUAUGCAGAUCGAGUGGAAGAGUUGGAGCACCGCUUGAUGAUUGGAAACCAGUCGUCUCCACGCAAAGGGACCGACUCGCCCGAGGAAUCCGACACCGAAUCGGACUUGUUCGGCGGCGAGAGCGAUGACAGUGACGACGAGGAGCUCGCAGAUGGCGCAGCCGCCGUGUCCUUGAAGCGAUUAGAACGCCACGCCCAGAAAUUCGUGUACCUAACUUCGCUGGCCGCGCGGGUGGGCGAAGGACACCCAUUCUUGGUCGCUCAGCAACCGCGCGUCGCAAAGAUCAAGUCCACAGUGCUCUUGGAUCUGAAGACUGCCCUAGAACAGACCAGUCAAACCGGCCCCAAACGCGACACGAGGACGAUGGCGGUACUACGCCUCUACGAUCUCAUGGGAGAGGAUGUCAGUGCCAUCACCGCACUGAAGAACCUCAAGGUAUAG